AUGCUGUAUCUUGUGGGUUUAGGACUAGGCGACGAGACCGACAUCACUCUCAAGGGUCUCGAGGUCGUGAAGAAGUCUACUAGGGUUUACCUCGAGGCUUAUACCAGCAUCCUUCUCGUGGACAAAGCCAUCUUGGAAUCUUAUUAUGGCCGCGAAGUCAUCAUUGCCGACCGAGAGAUGGUCGAGUCGAGCAGCGACGAGAUCCUCGAGGGCGCUGAAACCCUAGACAUUGCGUUUCUCGUCGUCGGCGACCCUUUCGGUGCCACGACCCAUACCGAUCUCGUCAUUCGUGCGCGCGAAAAGUCGAUCCCCGUCCGUAGCAUCCCAAACGCCUCCAUUCUCUCUGCCAUCGGCGCUGCCGGGCUGCAGCUCUAUCACUUUGGCCAAACCGUGUCCAUGGUCUUCUUCACCGAUAACUGGCGCCCGGCGUCCUUUUACGACCGGAUACGCGAAAACCGAUCCAUUGGCCUGCACACCCUGAUCCUCCUCGACAUCAAGGUGAAGGAGCAAAGCUUGGAGAACAUGGCGCGCGGGAGGAAAAUCUACGAGCCGCCGAGGUACAUGACCGUCGGGCAGUGCGCGCAGCAGAUGUUGGAGAUUGAAGAGGAGAAGAAGGAAGGCGUCUAUGGGCCAGACAGCCUUGCCGUCGGAGCCGCGAGGGUGGGCGGGGACACGGAGAAAUUCGUUGCCGGUACCCUGGAGGAGCUUUGCGACGCUGACGAGGCUCUUGGGGGUCCUCUUCAUAGUGUCAUCCUUCUCGGGACUGGGACUCACGAACUGGAACACGAGUAUGUCCGGGAGUUUGCGCUUGACAAGGAGAAGUGGGAUAGGAUCUGGACCGAAAAGUAUCAGACCAAGAAGUGA